AAAGCGGGUGAUGGUUUUUCUCAUUCAGUCGUGUUUGACGGUUCGCGCAGAGUGAUCGCGUGCUAGGAAAGUGAACGUUGUUUUUUGUUUGUUUACGGUGUGGUUCGAGUAAUAUUUCACCAUUUCUGUGUCCGAAGAAUAAAAAAGUGAUUGAAGUGAGUGUGUUUCGACAGAAAAAAACAGUCCCGGAAAUAAUAAUUUCGAGGCGGAUUCGGAGUAAAAUCUAAACAGUGCUGUCAGUUGCCGAAACUAGCUGUUGACAUGUUUUGUUCCAUUACUUCGAAAUGUGGUGUGGCACCGGGACGUGAAGGAUGGUAAGGGUCCUCGAAAUCAGUGCUGGGUGAAACUUCCAGUUAAAACUGGUAAACAAGUUACAUAAUGAAAUUCGAUAAUUUCGGCUAAACGGUGCUCGACGUGUGUAUUAAAAUUUUGUGUGGGGCAAAGAUAAAAAAACACGAGUAUGCAUCUCAAACCGUAAAACCCUUCCCGCGUGAUGAUUGCAGUGAUAUUUCGCAAACCUCUGAAACCGGAUCGAUUGUAGCAGUGAAUGAGUUUAGCCUCAAAAAUGGUAAAUCUAUCACCGCCAUUAGUGCAUUAGUGGGUCAUGUCGGAUUUUAACAAUGCGCGCAAACAAAUAGGCUGGCGCUCUGAAACAAACAUACGUACGGUUGGACUGACGACGGCAAAGCACGAGUCUCUGCUGUUCUGCUUGCAUGUGCCAGUGCUGCGAGGAAAGUUUUUUGGAGUGAUUAUUGUUUUGCAUAGUGUUGUCACAUCGCCGCGUCAAACGCGGAGAGCGGCGUGCAUGUAAAGGUCAACGCGUGCUUCGAUUGCGAAGUAAUGGAACCGAUUGCUUGCCGUGGUGACGUUUCUAUCGGCGACAGCGAUAACGGGAACAGCUGCUUUGUGACGCCACGGAACUAGUCGAAUCGAACCGGCACCGGCUGGAGGAAAACAAAAAAACUGUGCACGACAAAGAUGCCAUUGUGAACCGAACCACUGUAGAGAACGGAAGCGAAGCGAACCCGAUCCCAAGAACGGACACCGACACACCGAAGUUUAGGAAUUGUACCGAGUGCCGCCGCCGACAGCGACAGUGAAAUAUGAUAAAUAUUCAACACCUGUGCCGAGUAUGCUGCGUGUAUCUUUUGCUGAUUAGCCUGACAGCGAUGACGUCAAAUCUGGCCACCGCCUACCGGGUUGGUGUUGGACGUGCCGACUGUACCGGGCCGCCAGUGGAGAUAACUUUUAUGGGUUAUGCACAACUGUCACAACGGGGAGUAGGGAUCCAUUUGCGUCAGUAUUCACGAGCGUUCGUUUUCGAAGAAUCCGGUAAACGGGCGGUGUUUGUAAGUGUGGACGCAGCCAUGAUGGGACAUGCGGUCAAACGUGAUGUCCUGGCGGUGCUACAGAAACGAUACGGCAAUCUGUACAAUGUGAACAACGUUGCCAUCAGUGGGUCGCACACGCACAGUACCCCCGGUGGGUUCCUGAUGUAUCUGCUGUACGAUAUGACCUCGCUGGGGUUCGUUUCGGAAACGUUCAAUGCUUUGGUACGUGGCAUUGCUCAGAGUAUCAUCCGGGCGCACAACAACAUGAUCGACGCCAAGAUUUACGUUUCGGAGAUUGACGUUCAGGAUGCGAACAUCAACCGGAGUCCGAGUGCGUACGAAAAUAAUCCGGAAGAGGAAAAGGCACAGUACAAGGAUAACGUCGACAAGCGAAUGGUGCAGAUGAGGAUGGUCAACAAGAACAAUGUUGUGUUUGGGGCUAUCAAUUGGUUUGCGGUACAUCCGACUUCGAUGAAUAACACUAACCGGUUCGUGUCGAGUGACAAUGUGGGAUACGCUUCCGUCCUGCUGGAACAGGAACGCAACAAGGGCAGCCUGGUGGGUAAGGGAGAAUUCGUCGGGGUGUUUGCCUCGAGCAAUCUUGGAGACGUUUCACCGAACAUCAUGGGACCGAAGUGUGAGAAAACCGGUCUACCGUGUGAUGUUCUAACGUCUUCUUGUCCGACCGGAGCGGGAGCCUGUUUUGCUUCCGGUCCUGGCAAAGACAUGCACGAAAGUACGAAAAUCAUUGCGACUCGAUUGUACAAUGCGGCAUCGCAACUGUUAAGUCAAGCAGGUGGUCGGCAGGUAACUGGUCCAGUUGGUUUCGUUCACCAGUUUAUCGAUAUGACACGGGCGGAAGCGAUGCACUACAAUCCACGAUCGCGCGAGUUCGAACUGGUCCGCGGAUGUUUGCCGGCGAUGGGAUACAGUUUUGCGGCCGGUACCACCGAUGGACCGGGUGCUUUCGAUUUUCAGCAGGGUACCAUCACGGACAAUGCACUGUGGAAUGCGGUUCGGGAUUUCAUCGCCGAACCAACGAACGACGACAAGGAAUGUCAGGCACCGAAACCGAUUCUGUUGGCGACGGGGCGGGCAAAGUUCCCGUACGACUGGCAGCCGAAGAUAGUGCCGACGCAAAUCCUACUGAUCGGGGACUUUGCUAUCGCAGCCGUACCGGGAGAGUUCACCACAAUGUCCGGCAGACGGAUGAGAAAUGAAAUUUCUCGGGCUUCCGUGGCGGCCGGUGGCAACGAACUGCAGGUUGUCGUGGCCGGUUUAUCCAACAUGUACUCCAGUUACAUAGCGACACCGGAGGAAUACGAAAUCCAACGGUACGAAGGUGCUUCCACUUUGUACGGACCGCACACGUUGACGAUUUAUCUUCAGCAAUACAAAAAAAUGAUCAAAUCGUUGGUUAAAUCCGAAUCAUUGGAUGCGGGACCAACCCCGCCCUACCAGGAUGACAAGCAGAUUUCUCUGAACACGGGGGUUAUCUUCGACGGACAUCCCAUUGGGCGGGAAUUCGGCAGUGUGAAAAUUCAACCGUUCAACACGUACGAACGGGGAGACACGGUUUAUACGACGUUCGUCACCGGAAAUCCACGAAACAAUUUGAUGCACGACAAAACCUACUUCACCGUCGAGCAGAAACAGAUCGAUGGUAAUUGGACGGUGAUUGCGACCGAUGCCAACUGGGAAACGAAAUUCAAAUGGGAACGGCAAUCAACGAUCUUAGGUUUCAGCGAUAUCGAGUUCAUGUGGGAAAUCGGACCGGAUGUGAAGUUGGGAACGUACCGGAUCCGACAUUUUGGCUACUAUCGCUAUAUACUGGGUGGAGUUUAUCCGUAUUCCGGAUCAACAAAGACUUUUAUCGUGGAGUAGGCAACCGAUGACAAAAUCGAAACAAAUAACAAAAAAAACAUUGGCGUUUGUGAAAAAAGUUACAGACACUUGUGACGACGGAACGAGAUGAAUGACUAAAUGAAGUGUUGUUGAUCAAACGUGAAAGGAUUAGGUUAACGUAAAGCUACAAAUUGGAACCAAAAAGCCUAGUCAAUAAAUGAUAUCUGUAGUUUGGAUAAGCCUAGGUUAGCAGUAAAACAUUUAACUUAUGAAUA